AUGGAGAAACACUCCAUGCGUCACCUGCUGUGGACUGCACUGUUCUUGUUGUACUGCAGUUGCGGGUGUUUGGCUACUGUUGUGCAGCAGUUACCACAAAAAGGACAAAGUGCUCUACAGGCAUACACCGUCUCUAAUACUGCCGAUGAUAAAACUGGUAAAGAAUGGCAACCCAUCCGCAUUGGUGUGUAUACAAAACGUGUGGAAGAUGUGCUGAAGUUUUGCGAAGACGGCAAAUUGCCGCCUGAGUACGAAGAUGAGUUUCUCGAGACUGACGAGGUACAAGAAGAGUUUGCAGAGCUCUGUGGUGUUAAACGGGGGAAUAAGAAGUUAAUAGCGGAAAAGAAGGAUAUUCUUUUAAAUAAAGUCUUGCCUAAAGCCAUCAAACUGCACGCAGAUCGCCUUAAUGUGAAACAGGUGAAAGAAAGUCUAAAGAUCGAAAGUGAGGACGUUUUGCCAGAAGAGUGCGAAGGCUUUGGCAUCCCCGAAGGACAUAAAGAGAAAGGUAUUCCUGAUGCUGAUUUUGUAAUUUACGCGAGUCUCUCCACUAACAUUGGACAUGGGAUUUGCAGUAAAGAUAAGCAAGGGAGACCAACGUCUGCUGUCAUCAAAUUCAACCUGUAUGAUAUAGAAGCAACACGGAAGUAUAUUCGCUUCACUGCACAUGAGAUUGCUCAUGGUCUUGGAUUUCAACAUGAGUUUAUGGACAAUCUGACAAUGAUAGAACCCAGCAACAAAGAUGGGAAAUCUAAAGGAGUGUCACGUGGUCUAACUCCCCGUAUGGUGAAAUUUGUAAAAUCUGUCGACAAGCUGAAGAGUCAUUACAACUGCGAUGGUGAAGUAAAGGGUUUGUAUUUGGAAAAUUAUAUUUCCUGGACGUCCCACUGGCGGAGUCGUAUUGCGAAGGAUGAGUUGAUGAGUACAUACAUUGGUGAACCCACUGGUAUGUAUUACACUGCACUGACACUUGCAACAUUUCAUGAAAUGCCCUUCUACAGCGCAAAUUUCACCAUGGCAGAACCGAUGAGUUGGGGGAAUCAAUCUAUAUGUGAGUUUCUUCAAGGUAAAAAAGAUCCAGCAGAGACUAGACACCCCAAUGUGUUCUGUGAGGAAAAUGAGAAGGUGACCCUACAGUGCACCUCUGACCGUUUUGCCCUUGGUAUGUGCUUAACGAAGAAUAACCUUGGACAGUUACCCAAUGGAUACCAAUAUUUCAACGACAUAAGUGUUGAGUGGGAUGGUGACUUGAUGGAUGGUGAUGCAAUCAUCAGACCCUUUAUAGGUACUGACUGUGAGGAUGGUAAUGAGACUCUGUUGCCUGGCAGUCUUUUCGGACGAGAUUCACGGUGUUUAAAAGCUGAGGGUCUGAAGAUAACUGGAUCAAGUGACACCCACCUUAACAUUGCUGGUGUUUGUGCAAAAGUGAAGUGUGAUAAUGAAAAGAAGGAGGUGAGUGUACAACUCAAAGGUUAUACUGAAAAUAAUAAGGAGUGGCAUGAGUGCAGCGAUGACAAGGCAAAUGUUGAACUGACGGAUUCAGAGUUCAGUGGGGGAACUAUUAAGUGUCCCAAAUACGAAGAAGUGUGCAUUGGGUUGCUGGAAACUGAAGCACCUUCCAACAUUACGUUUUACAAUGGCACAAAAUUUACUGACGGGUACGUUGAUUUGCAUGAUGAAAAUAAAGAGGAAGAGGAAAAAACAACAAAGAAUUUUGAGCCACCACAUUCGCAAUCUGUUUCCCCAACUGUUCCAACUAAUGUCAAUCAAAACGUGGGCAGUUUACCUGUAGCUACACCGCUUGCACGGGAAAACGAGGAACGCCAAAAACACCAGGGACCCGAUGAGCACAGAGAUGCAUCCCAGAAGAGUCCGGAGAGCAUGGGAGUUCAGAACAGAGUUGCGCCCACUGUGGUUCAAGUAAGCAGUAGUGGAACUGCUAACGCAGGCAAUGAUAACGGCAGCGCGGUUGGUACUGUUGGCACCAGCAGCAAUGGAAGGAACCUCAUUAAUGCGGGUCGGUCCACCCAAAGCGUACCCUCUUCUGCCCCUGCUCCUGCAAACACCGAUCUGCACGAAACUCUGAAGGAAAAGAUCGCAGAUCCACCAGCAGCAAACAACGAUCAACAAAAUGCAACGCAAACAUCAACCAAAGCUGAGCCGUCAUCCGGACCAAGAACGCCAGCCGAAGCAAACGCACAAACGGAUAAGCACGGGAAAAUUUCUUCUCCAGCUUCCACCGAAGUUCAAAGUGAUGGUAAAAGGGAAGAGAAUCCAUCGAGAUGGCGCCGUGAUGUUGAUGAUGCUACUUCUUCAUCCACAUCUAAUCCCAACAGCAAUGACAACCCAUUGCAGUCCACCAACACUGUUAAUGGUGCAGAUGACCGCUCCUCUGGUACAGUAAACAGCGAUGCUUUGAAUGGGACAAAAUUCACUGAGGGCCAAAUAAAAGAAGAAACAUUAAAUCAUACAAAUAUAAUGAGUGCGUUGGGUCCUGACAGCAGCAUCAUGGUUUCCUACAUGGCCCCUCUUGCACUUCUUGUGUGUGUUGUUGGUUUUGUGAUGGUUCCAUGA